AUUCUUUUCGUGAUGCGUGUUAUGCUUUGGGAUUGCUUGACAAUGAUAGAGAAUUCAUCGAUGCUUUCAAAGAGGCGAGCAAUUUCUCACCUGCCUAUUGUUUGAGGAUUCUAUUUGUAAUUUUGUUAUGGACAGAGUCAAUGGCUCGACCAGAGUAUGUUUGGCAAAAAUGUUGGCUGUUCAUGGAUGAUGAUAUACAAUACACGCGUCGGCGAAUAUUGCAGCAUUCAGAUGAAGAAUUACAAAGUUUGCUUUGGAAGAAAUCGAAAGAGUGUUGCAAAGUCGUGGAAAAAGUUUGCGCGAUUACCCGCCAAUGCCUACUGUUGUACUUGAUUCGCUUUUGAGCUCUAAUGACAGACCGAUAUAUGAAGAAAUGCGUUAUGAUCGAAUUGCAUUAACAGAAGAACAUUCUAUGUUACUCAAAUCUCGUAUAGGUGAGCAACUUCGGGUAUAUGAGACAGUAAUGCAGUCUGUUGAUGAAGAAGUUGGUGGUAUUUUUUUUGUUUAUGGGUACGGAGGUUCGGGGAAGACAUUUGUAUGGAAGACCCUGUCUGCUACCCUCAGGUCUAAUAGUGAGAUUGUUCUUAAUGUUGCAUCCAGUGGUAUCACGUCUCUUCUUUUACCAGGUGGAUGUACAACACACUCACGAUUUGAAAUACCGAUAAGUUUGAAUGAAGACUCCACAUGUAAUAUUAAACAGGGGAGUCCGCUUGCCAAACUCAUUGUACGUUGUAAGCUUAUAAUAUGGGAUGAGACUCCAAUGCUACAUAAGUUUUGUUUUGAGGCGUUAGAUCGCAGUAUGAGGGACAUCAUGCAAUUUCAUAAACCCAAAAGUGGGACGCUUCCUUAUGGGGGGAAAACAAUGGUGUUUGGGGGGAUUUUCGCCAAGUGCUGCCAGUGAUACCUCAUGGUAGCAGACAAGAUGUUGUGAAUGCCACGAUUAAUUCAUCAUAUCCGUGGUCUGAAUGUACGGUCCUCCGCUUGACAAAAAAUAUGCGCUUGCAGAACAUGACUGAUCCCUUAGAUUCUUACGAUUUGAAGGUGUUUUCGGAUUGGAUUGCCAAUAUUGGUGACGGUGUUGCCAGUGAAAGUAAUGAUGGUCAUGUUCGUGUCACUAUUCCAGAUGAUCUUUUGAUACACAUAGAUGGAGAUCUUAUAGCUGCAAUCGUUGAAAGCAUAUUUCCAGAGUAUGUUCAAUCAGCGUAAGAUGUAAGUUGUUUACGUGACCAUGCCAUUUUGGCGCCCACUCUCGCUGUUGUAGAAGCUGUUAAUGAAUAUAUGACAUCUCUUAAUGUUGGUGAGCUUUCUAGA